AUGGCGACAAAGCCGUUUCUGGGUCUCCCAGACUCCCUCCGCUCACUCGUCUCCGCGCGCUUCGCCGCAGCAAGACAAUCCGGGGCGCUUCUCUUCACAGAGACAGAAUUAGCCACAAUCCGCCUCUCCAAUAUUCCAUUCCAACUGCGAUUUUGCCGCGCCUUGGCCAAAAAGCCAACCCGGUCCGCUGCGCCGUCUCCCAAAGUCGAUGGAGCGGCAUCCCGGACGGAUCCUUUUGCAAACCCUCUCUCCGACCUCUUAAUUGCUGAAAUCCCGCCUUCACAGCCCUCUCAUAUUCUGGUCCUGAAUAAGUUCCCCAUCAUCCCUAAUCAUUUUAUCUUGGCGACAAAGGAUUUCCAGCCACAGGACCAUCUGUUGGACAAGGAGGAUCUGGGCAUUGCCUUUGAUUGCCUGCGAUCAUGGGAGGAUUCGCCAGAGCAGCCCGCCCGGAGACGCCUGUUUGCAUUUUUCAACUCGGGGGAACACAGCGGCGCCAGUCAGCCCCACAGACAUAUACAGUUUAUCCCAGUCGAAGACAUGAGCCCGCUUGAUGGUGAUCUCGGCUGGACUCCGCUGGUCGACCGGAUGGCACACGCAUUCAAAGGCACAAACAUCGACCGUCCAGUGCUGCUACCGCUGCCCUUUGCGUGCUACGGCUUGCCUCUCGCGCCCAACCCUUCUGCGGAUGACUUGCAUCGGGCCUACAUAUCACUAUACACCUACGCGACUCAUGCCGCCCAAAAGUCCCAGUCCGAACCUUUCAACAACGAGCAGCCCGCGGUUUUACAGGCGCGCGGACCAAGUGUCAUCAGCUAUAACUUGGCCAUGACAGCAACCGCCAUGGUGCUCUGUCCACGUCUGAGCGAGCAUGCAAGGAUUCCCCUUCAUCCCGAGCUCGAAGCAAGUGUCCUAGAGGAGGGUCUUGUCAAGCCAAAUGGAACCAUUUUGGCCGGGACGCUGUUGGUAAAAACGGAAUCGGAGUGGAAUGCUCUGAGAGAUGAUCCCGCUCUCCUUCAUCGCAUUCUUACAACAAUUGCAGUACCCCGCAAUGAGGUUCAGUUCCCUGCGGCAAUGUGA